CUUUCCACUCUUUAGUUCAUGUUUUCUGACACAGACCCCUGUAAUUAUCUCAGAGACAGUGCGGGGGCUUAGACAGUAUUCUCUAGAUACUUAGGCGUCUUCUUCCCCUUUUAUUUAUUUGUUUAUUUAUUUAUUUAUUAUUUUUUGCCUGUCUCUUUAGGGCUGGGAAGCCAGUGUGUGUGUGUGUGUGUGUGUGUGUGUGUGUGUGUGUGUUCCUCCAGAGUGCCAAAAAAAAAAAAAGUGCUGAAGAGAGUCCUAGGGAGAUGAGGCUAUUUUUGUUUGAAGCUGAUCCUUCUAGCUGAGCCACAAGUACUGCUUGGAAAGGGCUUAGGUUGUUUCCAGGGGGAGAACUCUGCAGAGAAGAGACAAAGUUCAACAGGACCACGAAAAGCAGCUGAAAACAGCCAGGAAGAGCGAGAGCCCUCCACUAGCCCUCUACCAGAGUUCUCUUAAUCCUACCAUAGUCUGCAAAGUACCACUUGACUGUAACUUUCCAACCUGAUUGACUUCUGCAUCCACCAUGACUGAGAUCACCGCUGAAGGAAGUACAUCUACAACAACAGCUGUGAUAGACAACAAAAAUGGAUCUGUGCCCAAGUCCCCUGGAAAGGUGCUGAAGAGGACUGUCACGGAAGACAUCGUGACGACCUUCAGCUCUCCCGCAGCCUGGCUUCUGGUCAUCGCUCUGAUCAUCACAUGGUCAGCGGUUGCUAUUGUUAUGUUCGACUUGGUGGAUUACAAAAACUUUUCAGCAAGCUCCAUUGCCAAGAUUGGCUCAGAUCCUUUAAAGUUCGUCAAUGAUGCUGUGGAGGAAACCACUGACUGGAUCUACGGCUUCUUUUCUUUGCUUUCUGACAUCAUUUCAUCUGAAGGUGAUGAGGAGGAUGAGGAUGCAGAAGAAGACAUUGAUAAAGGAGAAAUAGAAGAACCUCCCUUGAAAAGAAAAGAAAUACACAAAGAAAAGGCUGAAAAGCAGGAGAAACCUGAGAAGAAAAUACAAACUAAAGUUUCACAAAGAGAAAAGGAAAAAGGAAAAGAAAAAAUCAAAGAAGGAGAAAAACCCGAGAAGAAAGUAACCCACAAGGAGAAACUUGAGAAAAAAGAAAAAGGAGAGACAAAGGCAACGGCAAAAGAAGAGAAGAAAGUUAAGACUAAGGAAAAGACUGAAGACAAGACCAAGAAGGAAAUGAAAGUCGGGAAAAAGGAGAAAGGGAAGCCAGCAGCUGCAAAAGUAAAAGAAACGCCUCCAAAAACCCCACCAAAAGCCAGAGAGAGGAAUGACAAAGAGAUCACAGCUGUGCCUGAGCAUGAACAGAAAGGUAAACAUUCCGAGGAGGCGGCAGCCGGAGGUUCUAAGAGAAUCUUAGGCAAGAAGCAGAUGCAGUCAAAUUAAAAGCUGAAAAAGAAUAAAAUUAAACCUCAAAUGGGGUAAAAAGACACAUCCAAGCUGAUAUGCCUGGGAGGAAAUACAGUAAAUUGGGUAUUAACAUACUAAUAAAUAUACUAAAAUGUGUUCAAAUAGCUAGGUUUGUUUUCAAGUAUUUUAAGGGGUGUUGAGUGAGCACCUGGAGUUAUUUAAAUGUGGGGCUGAGUGCUAAAAUUUUGAGGAUUUCAAUCAGGAGUUGGAAUAACAAUUGAACAAUGUAUGUGUCAGACUCUGGAGAGAAAGGUGGUUUUAAAAAUUAACAGCCACCCUCAAGGAGUUGCUCAAGAAGCCAAUGUACAAAUCAUAUAGAAGAAAAAAAAAAUCAUGAAAACUUUACAUCCUUAAUAUUGCUGCAAUGAUAGCAUUCAGAAUAUGCACAUUAAAUUACCAGUUCAUUUAAUUGUUGCAGGAAACCUGUUGUAAGAAAAAGAAGUGUCAGGGUGCUUUUUUAGUCCCCUUAAAAAAUCUUUAGGAAGCUCUGCAUAGAACAGGUGUGCUCUUCUUCAAGUAUGACGUGUUUACUCACUUCCCAGAAAUAUAAUGUGUAAAUGGAGAUGAAAUUCUUUACAGAAAGGUGCUGUAUGAAUAUAAAGUGGCCUCUUUGUCCCACCAUUAAAGUCCUUUUGAUUUCUCCAUCCCAAAAUUCAUUCUUCUGUCCAGGUUGCCACAAAUCCUAGUCAGAACACAGAGUCUGCUCAAUGGGAACUGUUUCUGAGAAUGAUGCCUUUUGUUACAAAUGUUACAAAAUAAAAAUUUCCUUUAUUCUGGUA